UAACUUUUCAUAUGUAUGGGUACAUGUGUAUGAAGGUGCAGUAAUAUUUCAAUUGAACUUUUAUUUCCUCUUCCCCUUCCACUUUUUGGUAUCAAAACUGAUCCUAUUUUAAACAAAAACUUAUGCUUAAAUGCUUACUGGGCAGCAAACUGGACAAUUCAGAAAGAAGGAGCCCUUAAUGUAUGUCUUUACCUUGCUCGUAAACCAGGAGCCUGUCUACUGAUUCUUUACUAGGCCAUAUUCUAAUUCUUCAAGAAACCAUUAAUCCAUCCCUACCCCUUCCCGCCCCUGUCCUCCAGCACUCCGUUUCCAGCAAACUGUAAGAACCCACAAACCUGUGGUCCUAGCCUCUCUAGUUCCUUCAUUCUGUCAGUUUAUUUAUUUAACAGACAUCUAUUGAAAUGCUUAUUAGAAUAUGUAGUCAAAUAAGACACGGUCCCUGAUGUCCACAGACCCCACCCACCUAUCCCAGAUGGGAGAGAUUUAAGAAUGCUAAAAGAGGAAAGAGCCACUUGAAAGCAAGAGAUUGAAGAUACAGAUUGUGUCUCCUUGAUAUAUUCUAGGACAUCUCCUUAGGAAGUCAGGUGUCGUUUCAGCCAGAUGUUGCAUCCAAUUUUUGAGGAAGCUUCCAAUGUCAUUAAGGAAGAAUAUCCAAAUGAAAAUCAAGUAGUGUUCGCCAGAGUUGAUUGUGAUCAGCACUCUGAUAUAGCCCAGAGAUAUAGGAUAAGCAAAUACCCAACCCUCAAAUUGUUUCGUAAUGGGAUGAUGAUGAAGAGAGAAUACAGGGGUCAGCGAUCAGUGAAAGCACUUGCAGAUUACAUCAGGCAACAAAAAAGUGACCCUGUUCAAGAACUUCAUGAUUUAGCAGAAAUCACCACUCUUGAUCGCAGCAAAAGAAAUAUCAUUGGCUAUUUUGCACAAAAGGAUUCAGAAGAGUAUAGAGUUUUUGAAAGAGUAGCCAGUAUUUUGCAUGAUGAUUGUGCCUUUCUUGCUGCAUUUGGGACUGUUUCAAAACCAGAAAGAUACAGUGGAGACAACAUAAUCUACAAACCACCAGGGCAUUCUGCUCCAGAUAUAGUCUACUUGGGAUCUAUGACAAAUUUUGAUGGGACUUACAAUUGGAUUCAAGAUAAAUGCGUUCCUCUUGUUCGAGAAAUAACAUUUGAAAAUGGAGAGGAAUUGACAGAAGAAGGACUGCCUUUUCUAAUACUGUUUCAUAUGAAAGAAGAUACAGAAAGUUUAGAAAUAUUCCAGAAUGAAGUAGCCCGACAAUUAAUAAGUGAAAAAGGUACAAUAAACUUUUUACAUGCGGACUGUGACAAAUUUAGACAUCCUCUUCUGCACAUACAGAAAACUCCAGCAGAUUGCCCUGUAAUAGCUAUUGACAGCUUUAGGCAUAUGUAUGUAUUUGGAGACUUCAGGGAUGUGUUAAUUCCUGGGAAACUCAAGCAGUUUGUAUCUGACUUACAUUCUGGAAAACUUCACAGAGAAUUCCAUCAUGGUCCUGACCCAACCGAUAUAGCCCCAGGACAGGAAGUCCAAGAUGUAGCAAGCAGUCCACCUGAGAGCUCCUUCCAGAAACUAGCACCUAGUGAAUAUAGGUAUACUUUAUUGAGGGAUCGAGAUGAGCUUUAAAAACUUGAAAAACAAUUCGAAAGCCUUUCAAACAGCAGCAUCAACUUACGUGGUGGAAAUAGUAAACCUAUAUUUUCAUAAUUCUAUGUGUAUUUUUAUUUUGAAUAAACUGAAAGAAGUUUUGGGUUUUUAAUUUUUUUCUCCCCCCGACUCAAAAUGCAUUGUCAUUUAAAUAUAGCCUCUUUUUAAAAAUGUGCUAGGGUUAAAAAAAAAUAAAAAUCAGAGGCCUAUCUUUGCUUUAAAUCUGUCCUGUAAAAUUUUUAUAAAUCAAGUGAAAGUGACAUUGUCAUAAACAUACCAUUAACUUGCACUACUAGGUUAGGGAGCACUUAGGGGUGUUUCUUGUGUACUAUGUGCUUUUCUCUUUUUUCUUUACAUAUGAUCAAUUCUGUUGGUAUUUUCAUUAUCAUAUUUCUCAAAGCUAAGGGAGUACAUAUUCUGGAUACUUGGGAGGGGAAUAAAUUAAAAUUUUCACACUGUGUACUGUGUUUUACUGACUGGUUGGAUAUUGCUUAUGAAAAUUCCAUAGGGGUAUUUUUUGGAUUCUUAAUGUGUAAUUUAAACAUACUAUGAAGAGGAGAGCCUUAAGCCAGAACAUUUGGCAGGAAUUGUCCUUAUGAAUUAAGAAAAAGAAAAUGAAAGGUGUUUUUAAAUUUCUAUGUGUUCGUCUAACAAAGUGGCAUAUGGAUGGCAUUUAAAACUUUGAAUUGUACCUAAAUCUGGGAAAGGAAAAUACUAGUGGAGCAGGUUACCAGUAUUGAACUAGAUAACUUUUAAGGUUCCUCCUAUCGUGACACUUCCAAUUUCCUAAGAGAAAAACCAGCAAAUUGUAUUUCAGUUAAUUCCAACCUCCUUCUAUCUUGUAGUCUUGUUAUAGUCUUAUAGAUCAAAGAUAGUAGGUACAAAGGUUUUUAAUUUCUUUAUAUUGUGAAAUUUGUCAGAGGACCCUACCCACUCUAGAUUCUCUGAUUUCCCAGGCCUGCAGUGUACAGUCAAAUGGGUCCCUGUGCCAGGCCUCAAUACUGCCAGGGAACAAAACCAGAGGGAGAGGACCCUCAGUAUCAUAUCAGGAAGCCCAAUACCAGAGGACAGACAGGUUCAAAUUGGCUUUCCUCUGGGCCUGGGUUGGUGCUAUAGGCCAAGAGUCAUUUUAUAUUUGGAGUCUGAGUCAAUCCCAGUUUGGGGAAAGAUUAUUUUUAAGCUUAAAAGGCUGACAUGUGCCAUUAUAUGUAGUAUGUAAUAUAUGUAACAUCUUCCAAUUCUUUCAAAAUAAAGUGAAUAUUUAUAAUGGAUAUUUAAUGAUUGUUAUUUUUAAAAAUCAGCCUAUAAUCCAUAGUUAUGCAUGACUUAUCCUUCUUUCAGAAUAAUAAAUAUUGUUAAUAAGAUGAUAAGGGGCAUGUUUAGUAUAUUUUACCAGAGUAACUAGAAAAGCAGGACAGUUGCCUAAAAGUUGAACCUUCAUUGCUUUUAAUCAAUAACUUUGAAAUCAGAGUUGUCUUCAGGUCAGAGGAUAGACCAAAUCUGAGGUCGUCAGAAUGAAAAUUCACAUUCAACAAGCUAGUACACAAAACCAAAAGUAACAUAUGCAGUUCACUGGAAUAAAUUUAUAAUCCUGUAAUUGUCCUUAAAAAAUAAUAAACGAAAGAUAACACUCAAGUAUUGGGUUGCAGAGUGUUGGCUUGACAGUAGUUAAUAUGAGAAAGGCCUCAAGGAGCACAUGUUCAAUGUGAUCUAAGAUAAUUGAGUGGUUUAAAAAAAGUGAGUAGAUUUGAGGAUGCAUUAUUUAGCAUUCAUGCAUACUGGGACUUAGUGCCACUAUCACUGUCUUCUUUAGACUGAAGCCAUCAAGGGCAAGGAUACUAAAUUUUAUAUCUGUAUCUCUACUGUCUAGCAUUUCUAGUAGUAGUCAUCAUCAAAUGUUUAUUGAAUGAGAUGCAAAAUGACCUUGUUUAAAUUUUGUAUCCCUGAAGGACUCGGCGGCACUCAUCAGGAAUUUUAUAAAAAGUCAUGAACAAGCUUAAGUGAAAAACAGCAAAUACACUGCAGAAAAUAAGUUCUUGUUAUAGAGUUGGUGCAUGGAUGAUAGCCUGUGGCUAGGGAAAUGAGGGCUGAUUCUGCAGGGCCUUGUAUGUCAAGUGAAGGGGUUUGAUACUGUAUCUUAUAGGCAGUAGAUAUUCAUCACCAGAUUUUAAGUGGAGAAGUAUGUUCAUAUUUAAGAAAGAAUACUAUGGCAGGUCUAGGUAUAGUAAAAUGAGUCCAGCAGAGAAGAGAGAAUGGUCAGAACUAAGACAGUGACAGCAGAGACAGGAAUAGAUACAAGAUAUGGCAAAGAUGUAGAUUCCAUAGGGCUUUGUAACCAGUAUAACGAGCACUUCCAGAAACCUAGAACUCACAAUUUAGACUUCUUCCUCUCUGAACCAUGAAUCAGAAUAUUAGAGGUGGAAGUUUCAUUUUAUUCAGUCUACUCUUUAUCAGGCUCCUCAGCUGUGAAGAGAGGAAAUAAAAGACUAGACUGAAGAACACAUUUGAGUGCAAAACUAUAACUAGAAGCAGGCCCUUCUGCUUGUCAGCCCACUAUAUUUUCCAGUUUUUCAAAAAUUGUUCCAGUAGUGAGGGGGACCACAAAAGGAUGAAAACUUUAGAUGAAAUUCUGACCAUUUAGAGAGAGUAGGCAUCUAAAAUAUCUCAAAGCUCUCCAAUGAAGUCAAGUUGUCAAAAAUCAUGUACAAAAGAAGAAAAAAAUGGUAAUGAUAAAGGCCAAAAAGAGGAGAGUGAAAUAUAUAACUCCGAAAUGUUAAAGCUCAGAAUGAACUUAAUUUGCAGAAAAUGCUAAAGUUGCCAAGAAAGGAGGUAUAAAAAAAAAAAAAAAAAAAA